GCGGCCCUGCCCGUGGCCCUUCCGCAGCCCGUCCCUGUGGCUGCGACUGCCUCGGCGGCCUUGUGUCCGUGCACCUUGCUGACGUGUCCCUGGCAGCUGGUCUCCUUCAUUGGUGGAAUGGCCUUGUGGUCACCCCCACUGCGUCUCGUGUCAGAAUUCCCUGCUUUUCCACUGACGGGUACGAUGCUGGGCACGACGGCUUCAUCGACCUCAUGGAGCUGAAGCUGAUGAUGGAGAAGCUGGGCGCCCCCCAGACACACCUGGGCCUGAAGAGCAUGAUCAAGGAGGUGGACGAGGACUUCGACGGCAAGCUCAGCUUCCGGGAGUUCCUGCUCAUCUUCCACAAGGCGGCAGCGGGGCAGCUGCAGGAGGACAGCGGGCUGAUGGCGCUGGCGCAGCUCUCUGAGAUCAACGUGGCCCUGGAGGGUGUCAGAGGUGCCAAGGACUUCUUUGAAGCCAAGGCCCUGGCCUUGUCGUCCGCCAGCAAGUUCGAGGCCGAGCUGAAGGCCGAGCAGGCCGAGCAGAGGCGGAAGGAGGAGGAGAGGAGGCAGCGCCGGGCCGCCUUCCGGGAGCUCAAGGCCACCUUCAGUGCCUAGCCGCCGCCCACGUCCCAGCUGUGCCCCACCGCCCGCACCCCAGCUCUCCAGCCGCCCCCCCGGCACGCGGCGUCCUGCCUCUGGCCUGUCCUCGCCCUGUCCUCGCCCUGUCCUCUUCGGGGGCCGGGACCCCCUCCCCGGCCCCUGACCUCCCACUGCUCAGGACAGCCGGGCUGUGUCCGCGUGUCCCCUUGCAGCCCUCGGCCACGGGUCUGCCUUGCCCUGUCCUUUCCCUCCUUCGGCUUGUAGUCACCUUCUCUCGGCAGCUCUUGGGCCGGGGCUGCAGUGCCCGGGUCCACUGCCCACGCGGUGCCCGGGUCCACUGCCCACGCCGUGCCCAGUGGGGCCGCCGCCCCUCAAGCCCACCCUCUGCGGCCUUCACCCCGGUCUGCCCAGCCCGCCUUCUUCCCCUAGCUCCUGUGCUACCCAGCUCAGGAAUGAGAGGGUGAUCAGCCAUGCCCCAGGAGUGGGCUUCCCGUGAGCUCUGCCACCAUGGAAGUCACGCUGCUCCCACUGGACACAUCAGGGCCUCUCGGGGUCCCGAGGUCAGGCCGCCCUCUCCCUCUGGCCCAGAGGCGCCUUGGGGUAGGGGUGCUCCUGGCCCCAGGAGACGCUUCAUAUCCUGUGAAUUGGGGGAUUGCUCAGCACCACCACGCCUUAGUGUGUGUGUUCAAUUUCCUAAUGUCGUAUUUAUUGCUUCUGUUUGGUAACUGCCGUCUUUGCAAUAAAGAAGCCAUCUGCCUUUCUACCUUA